AUCUCCACAACCCCAUGCCCUAGUCGAAUGUGCAGCCGCGUGCUCGGUCUCAUAUUCACCUCCCUACCCCCGUCCCCUUCCUCCACCAUCAGCUCAUGACUUUUUUUAAUUCAUCAUUACCCUCACAGACUCUCUUCUGGCUAGCCUGCACAGUUGACAGCGCUGAACUUGUAUAGGCAUAAAGCAGUGAUGAUAAGCACAUUAAAUCUGCUGUAUUGGCUAGGGGAGGGGCUAGAACCAACAGCUGCUGCCUUAUUGGUGGUCUGUAAGUCAGGGGAGGGGCUGAGUGGAGCGAGAGAGAGAGAGAGAGGUGAGAGCUUUGCGCUAGGUUGGGAGGGAAUGCCCACUAGAUGCGGCUGCUGAUAAUAGCAUGUAUCAGCACCAGAGCAGUUACUGAGAGCGGAGACAGAGAGAGGAGGAGAGGAGCAAGGAUAAGCAUGUCGUGCCGGAGACUGGUUAAGUCAGAGCAGCGUGAUUGAUUCUGGCAAGCAAGAAUAAAAAAAAAAAAAAAUUAUAAAGAGGGAUCUAGAGAGUCUCUCGGAGCGCAAAAUCCCGAGAGGAGAACGGGGGUGUAAGUUAGAAGGCUGUGGGAACUCAUCAAGUCUUCGUGGAAAGACAGAGCUGAGGUCAGCAGGCAGGAGUGUGGGAUGAGCAGCAGCUGAACCAAACCCGGACAUUUCCUGGGCUGGGGGUGGACACUCUUUUUGAGAGGACGUAGGGUGAAGGAAUACUGCUGAAACUUCAGCUUCACUCAACGUGCACCUGCUUGUGGGAGUAACGCUUCUGGAUAUUACAGCAAGGCUCCCGGGCAAGCUGUCACAUCCACUAGAGCGAUUUUGCAAAUCCGCUGUCUGAUUGACUUAAUCCUGAUCUUUUUAUGUGAAAGAGAAAGACUAACACUUUUUAGAGCACUAGAGCGCAAGUUCAAGGUGCUAUUCCAAGAGACAUGAUAGAGAAUGAAAUAAAGAGUGUGGCUUCCGUUCCAGAGCAUGGAGAAGUCAAGUAGUGAGGAAUCCGCCAUCCACCGUAGCCCCUCUGUGGACAGCCGUGACUCAGACUUUGCCCAAGCCUCCACCUCUGGACGGCCGUUCGGAGGACGAGGUUUUACCGCCGGUGCCUUUUACGGGUCCACUGGGCCACGUGCACAGACCGCUGCUCAGAGUGGAGCGGCUGCCGACGAUAAAGGCAGCAAUAAGUACAAAGCUCCGAAAGGCAGCAAAUACGUGGUCUUUUACCUGGAUCUAUCCUUUGUGUUCCUUCUAGAGUUCAAGAAGUGCAACAUGGCGAGAGGCUGCCUGUGCUGUCUAAAAUACAUGAUGUUCGUCUUCAACCUCAUCUUUUGGUUGUGUGGCUGUGGGCUGCUGGGAGUUGGAAUCUGGCUGUCUGUUUCUCAAGGCAGCUUCGCCACCUUCUCCCCCUCCUUCCCCUCUCUCUCCGCUGCCAACAUGGUCAUCGCCAUAGGCGCCAUCGUCAUGGUGACGGGCUUCCUCGGUUGCCUGGGCGCCAUCAAGGAAAACAAGUGCCUGCUUCUGAGCUUCUUCAUUGUCUUGCUGAUUAUUCUGCUGGCUGAGCUGAUUUUGCUCAUUCUUUUCUUCGUCUACUCUGAUAAGGUCAGUGAGAAUGCAAAGCAGGACCUGAAAGAUGGCCUUGCCCUCUACAACACAGACAACAACAUUGGGCUGAGAAAUGCCUGGAAUAUCAUCCAAGCCGAGUGGAAGUGUUGUGGUGUCACCGGGUACACAGAUUGGCAUGAUGCCCUGAAAGAAAAGGUUGUGCCUGACCGCUGCUGUCAAGAACAUUAUCAGGAGUGUGGCCGCAACUCCACCAACAUGUUCUGGACACGGGGCUGCUACGAGAAGGUUGAAGAGUGGCUUGAAGAUAAUAAGCACCUACUCGGAACCAUCGGCAUGUGCAUCUUGGUAGUUCAGCUCCUGGGAAUGGCCUUUUCCAUGACACUGUUCCAUCAGAUCCACAGAAGCGGGAAAAAGUAUGACGCCUAACGAGGCCGUUUCUCAAGGGAGGAGCCCUGGUGCAUUAUGGGACAAACUGUGGAGAACUCUUCCUCCCCUUGUAUCUAACUCUCCCCACCGGCCAACCCAACUCGGCCAACUCUUCCCAUUAAUUCCCAAGCUUAAACCAUCCUGUAUAGACUUCAGUCAAGGGCCGUCUCCAGUCCGCUCUUUCUCCCUGCCAAAGACAGAAAAGAGCGGCUCUUUCGGCCAUCAUCCUCCCCUGUGAGGCUUCUGACUUGCUUCAUCUCCUCUAAAACCUUUAUUUUGUGCUUGAACUAACUAACGACUGCAGGAUGGAGAAUAAUGACGACAAACUGCGUGACUUUUACUAAUACCGUAAAUCUUUCCACCCAGAGCGAAGACAUCAGACUGGAGACUUUUUUGAAAAAGCUUAUCUUCAUCUCCAUCGAUGGUGUAAAUGACAAACAGCUCCACUUUAGCAUGACGCGGUUUUGUACGAGACGGAAAACGUUGUCAUUUUGGCUUAAGACUCUUUUUGUUUGUUUCUUUGUUUGUUUUUAUAAUGAAAUUGUCCCCAUGAUCGUCAUUUCUGUGCACCUAUGGACUGAAGAAAGCCGGUAUAAGAGUGUGUGAGGUAUGACCAGGAAUCUAGGUUUGUCAGUGUGUGUUGAAACUCGAGCAUCUUGUUAUGUUUAUAGAGUUAUGAUUUGAGGAUGCAUCAAAAAGCGUUGACAGUUUUAUUAUGUUGAGAACCAUCAGUAAUGAUGUACGUCAGUAUGAUACAUCAAACAUGGAGCGUCUGAUUUGCUAGCUUUUCCUCUCGUGUAAAAAUCACCCAUACUAAAAGCUCAUUUUGGCCGAACUGCUGCUGAAACAGUAGCGUAGUCCAGUAUUUCUCAACCACGUUCCUGGAGGACCACCAGCUCUGCACAUUUUCAAUAGAUGCGUCCCAAAUCACAUGCUUAUGCACUAUUUUGCGCCAUUUUUUUGUAUAAAACGAAUAGUACUCUAAAAGUGUGUAAUGUUGGACACUUCACGCACUCAAUGGCCACGGCUUUGCCCACGUAGCGGAAGAGGUGGAACUUUUGGGCCCAGACGUUGGAUUAUUUUAUUUAUUUUGGAUUGCGAAAGCUAAAUUACCUUACGAUGGGGAUUGUAACACCUCCCGAUGGUGAAUGCAGUUAUACUCAUCACAGGUGUUAUUUGGUAGUUUGGACAUUUUGGCUCUGUUUACACUGCCAGUUAAAUGUGACCCAAUUCCGAUUUUUUGCUUAUAUGUGACAGAUCGGAUCUGUUCUAUGACCGUAAAAAAAAACAUGAAAAAAACCCAUGGAUUCGGAUAUUCAGAGAUCAGUUUCAGGCCUCCUUCAUAUGUGGAAAUAAAUCAGAUAUAAAUCGGAAAUGCGACUGUCAUGUAAACAGGCAGAUCGGAUUUAUUGAGGCAUUCCAUGUUAUUAAACUUGCAACAAUGUGGUGCUUGUCCGUGGUUUAAUGACACAGAAGAAAGAGCAUGUGUGGAGACGCCAACGUGGUAAACAACAACAGAGGAAACACGGAUGAGGUAAGAAUUUAUUCGCCACAAUUUGCUUCCACCAGACCUGAGACCUCUCUCGUACCCACAAAUUCCUCUGAAUGGUGGAGGACACCAUAUAGUCGGUGCUAGCAGUGAUGACGGCCCUUUCUAACCUCCGCUCAUUUUAAAGUUGGGUGAACUUCGUGUUGUAACUUUUGCUUUUUAUCGAUAUUAAUACAUGCACUGCGGGCUACAUGCAGAACAACUUUAUUCUCUCUAACACCAGUGCGCACAAAGGCAAAGGCUACAUCUUCAACUACACACAGACAUCAUGGCUAUACCAUUGCAUAAACUACGUGGGGGUAAAUCUGGACUGAACCAUUCACUGCUUAAACUACACUUCGCAUAUUUCGCAGAGUGAAUAACAAGACAAUUUCUUCCAUCGUGGCUAGCGUGGCACAGAUGCUAGAACCCGCUUUUAAGCAUGCGCAACAUCGUAAAUGGUAUGGCAAGUGUAAACACAUGAAUUGGAUAUGGGUCACAAUUAAAACGUGUAAACGGACAGGCAAAAAAAAAAAAAACAGAUAUAGGAAAUCAAAUCAGAAUUGGGCAUCAAAGCCUGACAGUGUAAACGGGGCCUUAUUUCACUAAUUUGGCAAUCGACAAACAUCAUCGGGGAAACAGUUUGAAUUUCCAUUUUGUUAAACACUAUAUGUAUUAUGUGCUAUAUGUGCUGUUGAGUGUGUAAGUGCACAAGUACGUAGUGAAUAAGAGCAGAGUGUAUAGUGGGGGUUGCAGCUAGUGUCUCCUUAACCAAACACACCUGAUUCAGAUCAUCGGCUCAUUAGCAGAGACUGAAAGAAUUGUAAUGGGUGUGACAGACAAAGGAGACAUCCAAAACAUGCAGUGUUGUUGGUCCUCCAAGAACGUGGUUGAGAAACAUAUUUAAAAAACACUGGUAUAGACAAUGAAGGGCAGUUUUUUUUUUAUAAAGACAUCAAUGGUAAUAGGUUACCAAAAAAGUAAUUAACUAAUGAAACAUUAUUUAAAGUGUGACCUUUUAACAGCAUCUUAAUCCAAAACUUGCAACAUCUGAAUGCAAAACUUUUUAAAAACGCAGAGGGCAACAUUUCCUUUCUUAGUAAGUCUUUAUCAUGUUGACAUACCCUUAAAGAAUUUAACGAACAAUGAAAAUUCAGGCUCAUACUUCUCUUCAUGAUUUCUAAACCUAACUUUCUUUACUCAAAUGAAUACCAAAGCAUAUUUUGCAGCUCAUAACAAAAGGAGACCAGAUGCUUUAAAAUUCUAGAAAGAAACAAGACUAUCCUACACUACACUCUUACAGUAAUUGUCAUGUUGGGAGAAGUGAUACCAUAGAAAAACCAUAUUGGCUUCUCAAAAUAGCCUUUUCAUGAGCAGCUUUUAGAACAAACACCAAGGAUCAUUACAUAAGGGAUACUCUAAAUCUACAUCCAAUUGUUCCUGCAGAAUAAAUCCUGACAGAUAAAGACUGAAGGUGCUUUAUUCUGCAAAAACAACUAACUAGAUUACUAGAUACUAGUACUCUGCUUAUUACAUGAUUAUUUUCAGACACAAAACAUUGGUUUGUAAUAAUUUAUAAUAAUUUAAUAAUUCAAGUUUUUAAUUAGGCGUAAAACUUGCAGGAAAAAAAAACAUACAUUGAAAUGCUGUGAUUGACCAAUCAGAAUCAGAAAGAGAUCUGGUUGCCAGUAAAGAACUUUCUUUUUUUCUUGAAGAGUUGACUGGAAUGAUCUUUGGUCCUUGAGAGUCUCAUUACUGAAUGCGACGCAGACUUUUAACAUUUAUAUAUGUGAUGCCAAGGAGGGCAAGAGGGAUUUAAACACGGCAAAUUAUAGAACUUAAUGAUUGAUGGGCGUUUUAUUUGUGCAGAAAUGUUCUGACCUUUCUGACGAGUUCUGUGGGCGCGUAUUACACACAGCAGAGAUAAUGACUUAAAUUGUUGAUCUGUUCUCCUUUUGUGCCCCGCGGAAGAUAAUCGCAGGCUGCAGAGUGACAUGAAGCCAUAGAAAUCUAUAGAGAUUUUAUUUUUGAAUGAAUGCUAUUUUAUUUAAUGUAGGAAGUCCUCGAGAGAGAACUGUGAACGUUUUAACACAGGCUCAUUUGAAUAUGUGCUUCAGCCGACAUUUUUGGGAAGCUGUACAAAUGUACUUCAGCAUAUGUUUGACUGCAUUUUGUUAGUAACUUUAUAGGGCAGUAUGGCACCAACAAAUUUUUACGCUAGUUAUAAUUACAUUAUUGACAAAUAAAACAUUAUUUUCACACAGUUCUUUGCACAACACCAAAUAAAAAUCACAAAACAACGUAACGUUUAUAAUGUAUAAUCGAAUACAUUUACCUCAUCCAUCAAUCUCCAUAUGGAUUUAAUUUUUUUUUUUUUUCUGGUUUGGUCAGUUCGCUUGGUAGCUCACCUUGUAAUGCAUUGUACUUUGAUUCAAGUUCAUUGAAGCACAGUUCCACACAAAAGUUCAAGUUCUCAUUAAAAGAAAUCCUAUUGAAGAAGCACUUUUCUCGUUUCUCGUUAAACACUAUUGGUUGGGUUUAGGUCAUUGCACAAGAAGUCCCAUAUUUGCCGCCAGUUAAAUUACGAAGUGGCAAUUUUGUUCUCUUUGACUCAUUGGAUAGAAACGGGGCUUUAUUAGCACGUGUUUUAUGCAAUAUUCCAGUUUUGCGUAUAAAUUUAAUUUACGUCUUUGGAUGGAAACAAAGCUAAUGACACAUUUAGGAGAUUUAAAAUGUGCACAGUUUUUAAAAAUGAUACAAUUAUUUUACCCAUUCAUUCAUUCAUUCAUUCAUUUUCCUUCAGCUUAUUCCCUUUAUUUACCUAGGGUCGCCAUAGAUUAAUUAAAUUAACUGACAACUCAUCCAGCAUUUGUUUUACGCAGCAGAUGCCCUUCUGCAACCCAUUACUGGAAAACACCCAUGGACUCUUGCAUUCACACACAUACACUAUGACCAAUUUAGCUUAUUCAAUGCACCAAUAUCACAUAAAUCUGGACUAUUUUUAUGAUUGUGUACCAGAAGAACAUGUAUCUGACGCAUUUUUUUAAAAAAUGUUAAUGUAUUCAAAUUUGCAAAAAAAAAAA